AUGUGUUCGAACUCUAUAUUCUUUCCAAAUGCCGAAAAACUGUUGUGUUCCUCAUUGCAUGAAGAAAGGAUACGUAGAAGGGGGGAAAAGAUUUCUUACUUCAAGUUUCCACAGGAAAAGCAUCUGUUUGAUGAGUGGAUUCGUGCGAUUUGUCAAGACGUUGGGCGACAUUUCAAGGUUACAGACAACACUCGUGUUUGCUCAAGGCAUUUUAAAGACGGGGGCUUUGAAGUUUCACUAACUGGCAGACGUACGUUUCGAGACGGGGCAGUGCCGUCGAGAUUCGAAUGGAAAACAGCUUCUCCCAAGAAGAGAAAGUCACCAGCAAAAUCAAGAUCUAACAUUCAAUUUAUAGAUCCAGACUCGUACAGUGAUGAACUGGCUGGUCAAUCAUCUAGCCAUUUAGAGGAAGACGUUACGGGGCCAGAAAGCGAGGAAACAAACGCGUUUGAAACUGAACUCAACGAACUGAAGACCAAAGUCGAGGGCUUGAUGGAGAGGUGCACAAACAGUGAGCGUAAAGUGUUUUGUUUCAGUCGAUUUUACAAUGACAACAACAGUUUUCAAUUCUAUACUGGCUUUCCAGAUGUGAAACUAUUUGAUGCUCUGUAUGAGUUUUGUAAUCCUGGAGAACAUGGUGAAAAUAUUUCUUACUGGCAUUCUGCGACUACAAGUGAAGGUUCUACUUCUA